CUGCCCAGAAUCCUCAGCUGCCAAGUGGUCCAAGUUCAGUACUGCUGCCUGCCCAGGAUCCACAUCCUGCAUCUGUGCCUGUGCCUUUCCAGAGUCUUCCACAGUUACAGGAUCCAAGCACGGGAUCAUGGCCUGCCUCUGACCUGAGUCUUGUGCCAGUGCCUGCCCAGAAUCCUCAGCUGCCAAGUGGUCCAAGUACAGUUCUGCUGCCUGCCCAGGAUCCACGUCCUGUGCCUUUCCAGAGUCUUCCACAAUUACAGGAUCCAAGCACAGGCUCUGGGCCUGCUUAUGAUCCUAGCCUUGUGGCAGUGCCUGCCCAGAAUCCUCAGCUGCCAAGUGGUCCAAGUACAGUACUGCUGCCUGCCCAGGAUCCACGUCCUGUGCCUUUCCAGAGUCUUCCACAAUUACAGGAUCCAAGCACAGGCUCUGGGCCUGCUUAUGAUCCUAGCCUUGUGGCAGUGCCUGCCCAGAAUCCUCAGCUGCCAAGUGGUCCAAGUUCAGUACUGCUGCCUGCCCAGGAUCCACAUCCUGCAUCUGUGCCUGUGCCUUUCCAGAGUCUUCCACAAUUACAGGAUCCAAGCACAGGCUCUGGGCCUGCUUAUGAUCCUAGCCUUGUGGCAGUGCCUGCCCAGAAUCCUCAGCUGCCAAGUGGUCCAAGUUCAGUACUGCUGCCUGCCCAUGAUCCACAUCCUGCAUCUGUGCCUGUGCCUUUCCAGAGUCUUCCACAAUUACAGGAUCAAAGCACAGGCUUGGGGCCUGCCUAUUAUCCUAGCCUCGUGCCAGUGCCUGCCCAGAAUCCUCAGCUGCCAAGUGGUCCAAGCACAGGUCCAGCAUCCGGCAUGAGCCCUGACCUGACAAGUAGUCCAAGUGAUGUGCUCUUGACUUCACCUCAGGCCUCGCUUUGGAGUCUAGGUGAGACUUCUGCUCAGUCUCCAGGACUGUCUUCUGCUCAAGCACCUAAUCCCAUGCUGUAUCCAGAUCCUCUGAAGCCCCCCCAAUUGCAAGUCCAUUUACCCACUGAACCCUUAAAGAAGUUACUGUGGCGGUUUCCCAAAGCUCCAGAAAGGCCUAAGCAAUUUCCGGUGCAGUUUAACUUGCGGCAGCCUACCCCAGUCAACAGUGUGGCUGCUGCAUGUGGGGAGAGUAUGGUGCAUGUGGAGGUGAAGCAAGAUUUCUUUGGAAAUGGUAUGCUCGUAAACCCUAGUUCUCUGACGCUUGGAGGCUGUGCAGCAUCAGGACUGGACUCUGCAGCCCGAGUGCUCAUCUUUAACUCUGAACUCCAGGCUUGUGGUAGUGUACUAACGAUGACGGAAGAUUACCUUAUCUACAGCUUUCACCUCCUCUACCGCUCUGAACCUCUGGUUGGUACUUCAAUUGUCCGAACAGGAAGAGUCAAUGUUCAGAUUGAUUGUCACUACUCAAGGAAGCACAAUGUGAGCAGUAUUGCUGUGUCCCCUACAUGGGUGCCGUAUUCCUCUACAGUGGCAGCGGAAGAGCAUUUGGUCUUCACCAUGAAGCUCAUGACUGAUGACUGGCAGUAUGAGAGACCAUCGAAUCAAUACUUCCUUGGCGAGUUCAUGAAGAUUGAGGCAUCUUUGACCCAGUUUAACCAUGUACCUCUCCGUGUAUUUGUGGACCACUGUGUGGCAACUGCAGUUCCUGACAUUAAUGCUGUUCCCAGAUACACAUUUAUUGAGAACCAUGGAUGCUUGGUUGAUGCCAAGAUAACGGGCUCCAACUCUGAAUUUAUGAAACGGGUUCAAGAUGAUAAGCUGCAGUUUCAGUUGGAAGUGUUCAGAUUUGAACAAACCAACAGUAGUAUGCUGUACAUCACAUGUUUCCUGAAAGCCUCUACAACUUUACGGAAGACUGAUGCUGAACACAAAGCUUGCUCCUUUGAGACCAAUGGGUGGGCUGCUGCAGAUGGUAAUGACCAGAAUUGUAACUGUUGUGAUGGAGAAUGUGUCUCCAGGAAGGGGAGAAGUGUGCACACUGAAGAAGAUCAGUAUUUUGAAACGGAAGUCUCUUUGGGCCCCAUCUUGGUUGAGGAUGAUGACCACUUGUUGCAAUGAGUCAAUAGUGUUUCUUAAAAUUUUUAUAAAUAAAUAUGGGGAAAUUUGAA